AUGGAAAAGAAUUUAAAGUCGUGUGGCUGUUUUGCUGCUUUGACUAGUAUAUUAAGGUAUGGUGGAUGCUCAAUAGAAGAUGUGUUAUCUGCUCUCGAAAAAGAACAUCAGCUCAUUCGAGGCGUUUCAAAAUCGGAAACUAGAGCUCUCGACACGGGCCACUUGCUGACUUGUGGAGCCGUCAUACAUUCAGGAUUAUUUACACAACAAAGUGUACCUGUUCAGCAAUCCAUUCUGGAAAAAUUAUUUCACUUGGGGAAAAAGAAAAGUUAUUUUUUUCCGCUUGCUUGCUGCUUCAUUGUCGACUACGUAAAUUCAGUAGAUGAACAACAAUUUAAGGAACACGUUUGGGAGAUUUGCGAAACUCAACUCUUUAACGAACUUGAUUUAAACGAAUGGAGUAUCGAUUGCUAUUAUCUUCUUGUGAUUUGUUGGAACAAAAAUUCAGCAGUCCUAAAAAAAUUUAUCAAAAAAAAAUUUGGAACAUUUGAUACAUUAUUAGAAAACUUGAUUAAAAAUAUAUUUACCAAAUCAGUUAGAAGCACUCAUUCAAUAUUCAAUUGCAUGGGAGCAAUAUUAUGCAGCAAUGAUGAAUCAUUAAAGAAAAUAUGGAUUAACAUAAUUGAAAACCAUGGAAAAUCAUAUGUAUUAAAAGACAAUGUGUUAAUAAUUUUAUUUUGGAACAUUAUUAAACAUUUAAAAGAUGUUAAAGUUAUACCUGACUUAUUAGCUCCCAAAUUUGUUGGAGUCCUUAUAAAAGUCUUGUCUUACAGGAAAUCAGUAUCUUACAGAGAUGAUUGUUAUGCAAUGGCAAAAGAUUCUUUAUCGUUAGUUGUAGAUGUAUUGAAAAAUAAUGAAUCAAGCGAAACAAAAUUAAAUGUCAUCAAAAGUUUAAUAUUUUAUCCUUCUAAUUUAAAAUUUGAAGCCAAGACUGGGUUAAAAAUUGUAAGAAGUAUCAUAUUGCAAUUAAAUUCAAAUCAAAUUAAAGAGUUAUUUGAUAUUUACGAAAGUAUUAUUCGUGAUGAUUUGAAAAAAACUAUAAAUGAUGCAGGCAAUACGGAGAAUUGGAGCAUCAAAGAAAAACAAAUAGCCCUGAAUAAUAUUGUCAAAACAAUCAAUCAUUCUUCUAUUAAAAAUGACACAAAUCUCAAAUUGCAGCAAAUAAAAUUCAUUUUCGAAAUUGGAUUUUUAAUUAAAAAUGAAAACAUUAUAGAAUUAAAGAAGUAUGCCAGUGAAAUUUUCUAUAAAGCCAUUAUGUUGCAAACUCAAUCUUUAAAAGAUUUAGUUUUCCUUUUGGAUGAACUUGUCGAAUAUGUAAAUAAGCAAAUUGAGAAUAAAAAUUUAGAUGUUUCAGAAGAAGUUUUACAUUGGUGGCAGAAACAAUAUUCAGUCGUUCAAAAAUUAAAAAAUAAAUCUAAAAACAAAUCGUACAUUGCCGUUCAUAUAUUAUUGAUUUAUAUGGGUUUUCAACUUUUUUCCGAUUCCAAGUUGGCCAUAAGUGGCAUUGACGAAUUAUUGUCUUGUUAUUCAAAUCUUAAAAGCGUGCACAAGAAAAAAGCAAAAGACGCAAUUCACGAGAACGGUCAUGAUUCGGAAAAAGUCGUGGAUCUUCAUUGGACGGAAGUUACAGUGGACCUCAUACUUUCUCUCCUUUCUAGAGAAAAUAAAUUAUGGCGACGUGUAAUAUCUUACGUAUUUCCUCAAGUCGUUGUACACGCGACUUCAACGGCCCUGAAUCAAAUAAUAGAUGUUUUAAAUCCAAAUUUUCAAGAAUCCGUUUUGGAAAGUGCCGUUUCAGACGAUUCCGAAGCAGAAAGUUCUAGCGAUGAAUCAGAAUCGGAUAUAUCUUACUCGGACGAAAAUUUCGAAAAAGAAGAAGAAAAUGAUGACGAAGACAAACCAAACGAUCAACUUCGUUGUGCCGUCAGAGAAGCAUUGGGUUAUUCCGCGGCUGGAACGGAUGACGAAUCCAUCGACAUGGAUGAUAUGAACGAAGAAGAAGAAGCUCAACUCAAUGAAAAAUUAUCUGCCGCGUUCAAACUUUGGAAAGCCGGAUCUCAAGAAAAGAAAAAAAAACAAACAAAAGAAGAAGAGGCACUAAUGCAUUUUAGACUUAGAGUUUUAGAUUUGGUUGAAAUGUACAUUUCAACCAAUCAAACAAUGAGAGGAUGUUUGGAUUUGAUACAUCCACUAUUUAAUCUAUUAGAAUAUUCAAUUAAAAAUAAAUAUCAAACUCCAUUGAAAAACCGAGUGGAUUCAAUAUUGAAUAGCGUGUCAUCAUCCAAGAGAAGUUUUAUUGAUAAGGAACACGUGACACAAUCUGACAUCUAUGAAAUAUUUAAUUUAAUUUUAGAUAAAAGAGAAAUAUCAUCUUUAGUUUUUGUUGAAAUGGCUCCAAGAGUAACGGAUUCCGUCGCAUUUUUAAUUCGGUGUUCUCAAAUUUUAAACGAAAACGAACCCUACGAACCAUUAGUAAAUAAAUUUAAAUCUUUAUUGGAAAGUUUUUUUCUAUCAAGAGAUUUUAAAUUACCCAUAACAAUGUUUCAAGCCGUUAUUAAAAUGUCUUGGAAAGUCUUUACGAUUUUCUAG